CGUCCAAAGCGGACCGAGAUGCAUACGUCGCAAAGUCGCACUGAUCUUCUGUAGUUUGACAAAAAUAUCCGCUGUCUUCUCUCCGUCCAUGCUAAAAAUUCCUUAAAAUAAUCAUCCACGUUUUUCAUUUUCAAUCACUGUUCUACUCCUUUUAUCUUCUCUUCGAAUAAAGCCAUUGACAAACAUUCGAAUUCCGAACACAUAUAAUAUAAAAUUAUUCAAACAUUAUUUCUUGCGAAUGUUGCCUAUAAUUAAUCCUUGUUCAAUCUUCACUCCACCAAAUUCUUCAAUUUUUCCAUCUCAUAAACCCACCUUCAUUCGUUGCCAAGCCGCUGCUGACCCACCAGCCGGCGGUCCCUCGUCCUCUCGCUGGUGGUUCAACUUCGGUGCCGCCGCGAAUGAAGCCGCCGCUGUUGCCGGAGCACCUGGGUUUGGGAGCAUUAGCCAAAACUCUGACGAAAUUGCUGAUAAUCGAAUUGGGAAUAACAUUAAGAAGAAGACAAAAGUGAAUGCGAAGGAAAGGCGUUGGUCUCGUAAUAGAGAGAGCUAUUUGGCUGAUGAUGGUGAUGCUCUUCCUCUUCCUAUGACUUACCCUAACACUUCCCCUUGUUCGCCGGAGGAAAUCGACCGCCGGCUGCGCUGUGAUCCUAUAAUUGAGGAUUGCAAGCAAGUUGUCUAUGAGUGGACUGGAAUAUGUCGGAGUUGCCAAGGGACAGGACUUGUUAGCUACUAUAACAAAAAGGGGAAAGAGACCAUCUGUAAAUGCAUACCUUGCGCUGGAAUCGGUUAUGUGCAGAAAAUGACACUACGUACGGAUAUUGAUGUGAUGGUGGACUUGGAUGAUAAACCACCUUGACAAAAGAAUACUUGUACCAUUUUGUUUAAACCAGUGUACGUUACGAAGCUUUGAGGAGACACUUAACUUUGCGGAAUUGUUGUAGUCUUCGAGGAGCAAACUGUGGGUCCAAUAAAGGACAGAUUCUACACAUCCGUAGCAGAAUAAAGUACUUUCAGCGAAAGAGAUAAGACGGUUGGAGCAACUGAGCAAGUUGGGCAAGGAUCGUAUCUGUAACUUAGCUUUUUCACUUCAGCUCUUUCCUUCUUGGUUCUGGAAAUGUUUUCAUACGUUUCGUUGAGAAUCUUGGUUGCUUUACACAUAGUUGAGGAAUAAAAAGUAUUCUUUCUUAUCUUCUUAA